UGGUGGAGGGAGUGUUCCUUAGGUUUCUUUCUCGCGUGGCUACCGCAGCGCUCACCCCAGGCCGUGUUUGCCGAUCUUGAACCGUGAGGGUUUGUUCGAGAAAUAAAAACUAAAAAGCCAUCGACCGUAGCACGGGGCCGCCGCCGCCUCCACCGCCGCCGCCGCGAUGUCGAGCUACAAGAAAGCGAUGAAGUCCAACCAGCGAGAGCAUCGCGAGCGGUCACAGCCUACGGCUCGCCGGGGGCUGGGCCUGUUGGAGAAAAAGAAGGAUUACAAGCUGCGGGCUCAAAACUGGCACCGCAAGCAGGACUUCCUGAAGGGGCUGCGUCGGAAGGCGCUCGACAAAAACCCCGAUGAGUUCUACUUCAAGAUGACGAGCACCAAGCUCAAGGAUGGUGUUCACUUAAAGAAGAAUCCGGCCGACGAGGAGACGACACCUGACCAACUGAAGCUCAUGAGGACCCGCGACCUGCGCUACGUGGAGAUGAAGAGGGUGGCAGAGAGCAAGAAAAUCGAGCGGAUGAAAGGGGAGCGCACCUGCUGAACGACAACGUAAAGCAGCAAAAUUCGUUCACAGUUCUACGUGGACACCAAACGUGACGUGGAACAAUUCAAUCUGGCCGAGCGGCUUCAGACGGCGCCGGAGCUGGUGCGGUGCGUGUACAACCGGCCCAGGCUGGACACCCUGCGCACCGCCACCCUGCAGGGGGUCACCGACCAAAAUACCAUCAAGAAUCUGGCCCGCCAGCGCGCCCGUGAGUACCGCAACCUGGAGAAGAGGAUCGUGCGCGAGUCCACGCUGUUCGUCACCCAGCAGAAGAUCCAGACGAGAAUGGACCUCGUGGACAAGCGGCAGAGAAUCAAGGUGAAGGCGGAGACCAAGACGUCCGCGGCCGUGUACUGCUUCAAGACCGAGCGCAAGCGCUGACAUCGCCAGUGG